AUGGACGUAGAUUCCAUUUUGGAAGGAACAGCCGUGGUCGAUCUUAGCCACAAAGGAGGAGAUGCAGGUUUAGCAAACAAUGAUCCCCCUUCUUCGUCUUGUGUGCUUCAAGGAUAUUAUCCUGUUAAGGUGCUAGAUACAUAUGCUUCGAGCAGGAGGAAGGUUGCUUUGCGUGAAGGCGACUUCAGUGUGCCCGCCGCCUUUGUAUGUGAAGGAAUCAUUCCUUGUGCUCCACAUCUGGCAACUCUUGCCAUUACCGUACAUGUCCUUGAGCUUUACCGCAUUGCCAGCCUCCGCUGCCCCCAUCUCGCAAUCAAUUCUUUUGUCAAGGCGCUCUGCGAUCUCCACGGUGUUCCCUUCCGCCCAUAUCUCCGCAAGCAAUUCUCCAUUUGCUUUGAUGUCUACCUUGCCAUUCUCCUCUGCGUGGAUCAACGGAUCCAAAUUUCUCUCAAGCGCGACGAUCCAGGCUGGAGGCUUCGUCACACCUGUCCGGCUUGCACCUACAAGCUCACUGAAGAACCCAAGCUUCUCUUCAGCAUCCUCGUCACUAUGGAUGGCAACGACUCACUCAAACACGUUCAACGUCGAAAAGCACCACCAGUAGAUCCAGGAGAUGGAGCCCCAGUGAUCGGACAGCCCAACGAACGCAAGGACGAGAGGACAGUGGCACCGGGGUACUACAUUACACGAGAGCAAGUGGACCUCUGGAGCCAGGAGCUUGUGCUGGAAUGGAUAAAAGAGCAUGAGAAUGACACUGACAUCCCAAGCAAGGCUGAGGAGUCUACUCCUUGCGAGGGCCGGUGGAAGAACAUGGCAAACGACAUGAAUGAAAAAACUCAAGGCAUGUACGACGAAACAGGGGGUUUCCUGUCUUUCUGCCGCCAUGGUUUUGUUCUGGUGAUCAUUGAUAUGGUGCAAAGUGGUGAGCUCUCCAAAUAUCCUCUUGCAACUGUCAAAGCCCUGCUCGAUGCCUUUGGAAUCAACAUCGGAGGUGGAUAUGAUAUUGGAUGCAAAUUCGGCAUUACGCUCUCCCGCAGCCCACUCGGACCCUGGGCCAAAGGUCUCAACUACAGAGCCUUAGUUGGCUGCUUUCAUGGACAUGCACACAACCGCCUAUGUCAACUCUGUUUCCUUGCCACCUACGUCAAGGGAAUGGGUUUAGAAGACCUCGAAGGCAGCGAGCGCUUCUUCUCUAAAUCAAAUGCGCUCACCUCUGGUAUUCGCCAUGCGGGGGUUUUCAAUCGCAAGCAAAGGAUUGUCGGGUUCGUGAUACAUAUGGACCAAAAUGAAACAUACCAGAACCUGAGUGAAUUCUUGAUCAAUAACUACAAGCAGGCCAUCGGAAUCCUGAAUGGGGAAGCUGCCUUCAUCAAACAAAUGCGUGAUCAAGGCAUCGCAAAUACGUCUGUCUUCCGGGAAUGGCUUGCCGAAGAAAAGACUUACUUGGAAGACCUUUCCAGAGAGCCUCUACAGUGUCUACACGAAACCCUGGCCAUGGAGUAUUGGCAGAAGCUGGUAAAUUUGGGAGCCAGCCAACGGCGGCUUGCAACAGCGGUGAACGCCUGGAUGGUCCUCACUCCUGAGUCGAUCACAAAAACUCGGGACCAGACACAAUCCCUGGAGACCGAGAGAAGGCACGCGCAGGAAAUUGAGGCUAAGGACCUGAUCGUCGUGCAAAACCUUGAAGUUUGGAUGGGUGUUUUGCACUGCUGGGGCCCUGCCGACGAUGAAUGGAAGCAAGCGGCAGAGAUGGCGGGAAAGAGAAGGUACCAGAGGUGCCUUGAUUCACUUGAGGGCCUCGUUGUGGCACGAAUGUUCAAACUCACCAAAAUGAACAUGUCUCAAACUGGCAAUGCCCUCAAGUCACGUUCCAAGGCGGUACACACCGCCCUCCAAAACUACAACGUCGCCGCUCAGGCUCUCGUUCCCCCACGAGCCCCAUUGUCAUGGGACAACAUCGUGGAGUACGCCUUCCUCUCCGACUCCGACCUUCUCUCCGACACGCGCUCAGAUGUGCGCCUCAAGGUCUGGGCAAAACCUGCUUCUCGGGUUCUAAUGGAUCAGCAUUUCAAGAUGGAACAAGUCAGGGAGGAGAUCGCAAGGCUCAACGUUGAAAUUCCUCGGCUCACCAUGUAUAUAUGUGACGAGGAGGCCUUUCUUCUGCAGCACGAGGAGUCUUUACGAGACACCGACCCCCCAUUAUCUCGCCAACUUCAUCUCCGCCGCCUCAAACUCAUCCGAUCCAACGACCUUCAUUUGCACUGGCUGGAAAAGCUUGCCAUCUUUCCAGGCUUCUGCGGCACCAUAGCGCCUGGAACUGCGUUAGACGCUGUCACUGAGUGGGCUGACAACCUCAAUAGACCCACACCACAGGACCCGGAGCAGGAGGAGGAAGAAGGGGGGGAGGAGGAGGAGGAGGAACUUGCAGCAGCAGAGGCAGCAAAUGCCUUCUGCCUUGUUGCAAAAGGGAAGGGGGACAGCAAGCUCGCUGUACGUGAUGGGCGGGAGCGGAAGGUCAUGGGAAAGGUCCUGGGAAUGGCAUGGGAAGACACCGGCAAUGAGCUGUUGUUACCAACCUGUGAUGUGGUAACCGAGUCUCGAAUCUACUUCCAGCCUCCAGGCUUAAUUGUGGACUCGGCAUACAACUGUGCACGAAAGGAUCCCCCUCCUACGUAUUUGGCUGUCUACCAACACUGCGCACUUGCUUCACGUCGCGCAAAACCUCGCCACUGCUCCACGUACAGGCAGAAUUAG